AUGGCAGAAAUCAUCCCCUCUCCCUCCCUCCUCGCCACGCUUAACGGCAAGGUCGCUGUCCUCACCGGCGGGGCGAACGGCAUAGGCGCGGCCACUGUUCGCCUGUUAACUUCCCUCGGUGCGAAGGUUAUCUUCUGUGACCUCGAUGCAACGCAUGGUGAAGCUCUCGCGAGUGAACUAGGCCCAGAAAAGGCCAUAUUCGUCAAGGCUGACGUGACGGACUAUGGGGAGCAGUACGCUCUUUUCCGGACCGCGCUGGCGGCGUGGGGCAAGGUGGAUGUCGUGAUCGCGAAUGCUGGCAUCAUAGAACAAGGGAAUAUAUUUGGUCUCACCGAGGACCUGAGCCAGCCCCCCUCCAUGGCGGUACUUGACGUCAACCUCAAAGCUGUCAUAUACACUGCCAGGCUCGGUGUGGGUUUCAUGCGCCAGACCGGAGGGGGUACACUGGUGCUUCUAUCCAGUAUGGGGGGCUUCAGGGGAAACCCUGGGGUGUGGGUGUAUGUUGCCAGCAAGCAUGGUGUGUACGGGUUGAUGAGAUGCUUGAGGAGCGUGGCGGCGCCGCAGUGGGGUAUAUCGGUUAAUGUCAUAUGUCCUUCGAUGACUAAAACGGGCAUGGUGGAUGCUAUCGAAGAUAUCUGGAAUAAGGCCGCAUUGCCGGCCAACGACGCCUCCGAUGUCGCCAUGGGUAUCGCAACGGCCGCGACUGCCAAUAACGGGGAUGGCCGCCCGGGCGCGGCGAAACCGUUCAACGGCAAGGCGCUAUUCAUCAGUGGAAGCAGGUUCUACGAGAUCGAAGAUAAUAUCGAUCGCCUAGAACCAGAGUGGCUUGGAGAGCAGAACUCACAGGAUCUCUUCAAAUUGAAAGAGGCUCUUGGGAGCGGCGAGAUAUGGGACAGCAAGCAAUAG